ACUUAACCAUGUCUACACGUGAUCCGCCACUACAUAAAGUUAUUGAUUAUCUGACUAAUAUACAUCAUGAAUUCCUAUCAUUAAUCCCAAAUUUUAUUUAUUUUUUUAAAACUUUCUAGCUAAUCUAAUUUUGUAAUUUUUUUUUUUUUUUUUAUAGAAAUCUAAUUUUGUAAUUUGUCAUACUACUUUCAAAUUUUCAUAGAAAAAGGGUCUUUCACUCUUUUGUGAACCCAAAAAAUAAAAUUAAAAAUAAAACACAUUCAAAUAUAAAACCCUUUUUUGUCGUUCUGCUUUCUACAAUUCCACCGUCCCUGUUUGCAGCAACUACACUUUUCAAAUUCAAGGUUCAUCACUUCAUCCCAAAACUUAAGUUGCUCCCAUUUUCCAGAAUCAUACUUUCUGGAGAAGCAAAUACAGCGAAAAUGAAUUAUUCUUGCUGCCCCAUUUGUGAAAAUCCGAUACCCAUUAACGAAAUUGAAUGGCAUGUGAACAAUCACUUGGAGGAUGAUGAAUUUGCCAAGGAUAUGGAAUUAGCUCAGCAAAUUGCACUUGCUCCUCCAAGCCCACCUCAAAUUGAUAGAAGCUUCUGUUUGGAUUUUGAUUAUGAGUCGGUAUUUGAAGAGUUUCCAGAGAGUAGUACAUCUAGGGAUCUAAGGAGUGGAAGUAGAAAUAAUGAACCAAAAGAUAUUGAUGAACAGAUUUGUUGUAUCAUAAACUUACAGAGUAAGGCAAUCUUUUAUAAGGUUGAAUCAGGACUAGUGACCUUACUAAAAAAUUGCUUGGAACUUGAAAGCUCUACAAGUAUACUCUCAGGUUAUGUCGAUCAUUUUCAAAGCACUAGAUCAGAGGAUAUGGGAUGGGGUUGUGGGUGGCGUAAUAUACAAAUGGUUAGCUCGCAUUUACUUAUGGAAAGACCAGAAGCAAGAAAGGUUUUGUUUGGAGGUUCAGGGUAUGUGCCAGAAAUUAGUUCACUUCAAAGAUGGCUUGAAGUUGCCUGGCAGAGGGGUUUUGACGUUGCUGGCUCACAAUUUUUCAAGGGGAAAAUUUAUGGAUCAAAGAAAUGGAUUGGGACAACAGAGUGUGCGGCACUCUUAUGUUUUUUUGGUCUUCGUGCAAAGAUAGUUGACUUUGAUAGCAAGGGUAAUAAGGGAGAUGCAGGGCGAGUUCAAGGACCUAUAGAUAAAUUUGUUGUCAGAAGGGACAUUGAAACUAAGGAAAGUCCUGCUAAGUUUGGUGAUGGCUCUACACAGAAUAGUAAGGGCUAUCAAGCUUUGAUUGAUUGGGUUUGGAGUUACUUUUCUGAACACAAGCCAAAGAUAUCACAAAGAUGUGGGGUGGUUGUUACAAAUAAGAUGCCAUUAUAUUUUCAACAUCAGGGCCAUUCAAGGACCAUCAUUGGGAUUCAAGCCAAGCAUCAAAAUAAUGGACAGCAACAGUACAACUUAUUGGUAUUAGAUCCUGCUCAUAAAACAGAGGCUUUGGAGAGGUCGUUGAAAGAAAAUUGUGGAUGGCAAAAAUUUCUGAAAAGAGGUCUUCAUACUUUGAGGAAGCCUCAGUAUCAGCUGUGCUAUGUUGAUCCUGGAAUUGCACGGGCAGAGGAGAUUGAGCAGCUGAAGAAUUUGACCAGUGUUCUCAUCAAAUGCUAGAUGGAAUCGUGUUCUGUGUGCCUAUUACAGCUAGAUUUAGUUUAAACAAAACCUUGAGGGCAUUUCAGCAAUUGAGAAGGCUGAUAAAACAACACUUACACUUUUUCUUCUGCGUACCUUGAAAGCUUUUCUGGAAAUACUGAAAUCCUUUGUUAGAAAGGCGUGGUGUCUAAUCCUCAUCUCAUUCUCUAUUACGGAAAUAUGGAGCUGUUCCUUAAUGGCAUAGGCUUGUUGGUUCAAAAAGGGAGUUUACUCUGCUUAUUUGAUGGGUUAUGUUACGGGCAAGUUUGCUUAUUUCAAGAGGAGAAUGCAAUAGAACUAUAGAAGUUGCUUUGAAGGCGCAGAAUCAUGGCUGUUAUUUGGGUUCUAUGUCUUUUGUAAAGGCUCAUGGGGUCUAGGUGUUGAUGCUUACUCUGGAAUAUGUGCUUAUAUCUGAUCUGUAGCAUUAGGUGCCUUUCCCCAACAUAUUUGCUUUCAGCACGGUCAGCUGAAUUGACAUGCUCUCUCUCUCUCUCUUUCUUUUCUUUUAAAGGGAAAGAUGCCUUGUUUUCCAUUGUAUUGUCCUGUGGUUACCACAUUUCAUUAAUAUAAAAUUCUUUGCUGAAAAACAAAGUGAAGAUGUUAAGCCUUUAAA